AUGGCGAAGGUCAUCCAGACGGUCGCCAACAGGGAGAAUGCCUUGCUGGAAGCUCCAACAGGCAGUGGAAAGACCCUGAGCUUACUAUGCUCAGCCCUGUCUUGGCAGCGCAAGUUGAAACAGGAAGGGUAUUCAGAAGCAUGGGAAGGCAGGCCGAACAUACCGGACGAUGGCCAAGGCCAGGAAACUCCAGAAGGCAAGUCUGUCAAGACACCUCCAGAGCCCAUCAGCUGCACGCCGCCAGGAUCAGGUUCAGCAGGGAGCACUGAGGGCGAGGUCACCCCCAAUGGAGCCCCCCCUCGGGAGCCGCUCCCCAGAAUUUUCUAUGCCACCCGCACCCACAGUCAGAUCGCGCAGGCUUCUCGGAGCCAUUACUGCGUGCACAGCGGGGUCUCAAAGAAGCCCAAUGUGGAUGAGGAGUGCGAAAAGCUCCUGGAGGACCGCUCCUGCCGAUACUUCAACAACUUGCCCAAAGUGCUCAACGGGCUGGCCACCUAUGUUCCACAGGUGCAUGACAUUGAGGACUUGGUGCAAGUGGGGAAGGAGAUCAAGGCCUGCCCAUACUUUGUAGCUCGCAAAAUCGCAGAGCAUGCUGAGCUGCUGUUCUGCCCCUACAACUACCUCAUAGACCCCGUCAUCCGCAGUUCCAUGGGCAUCAACAUCCAGCACGCUGUCAUCAUCUUCGAUGAAGCCCACAACAUUGAAGACAUCAGCAGGGACGCUGCCUCCGUGGAGAUGGAGCGUGCCUCAAUGGUGGAUGUGCAGAAGGCCUUCGAGUACAAGUGCCUUGAGGCCGACAGCAGGGAGAUCUAUGGACCCCUGGCAGAUGCCUUUGGCAGGUUUGCAAACUGGCUGAAGGAGAGGUGUGAGCGGCCGGAUGUGCGCAAGCAGCAGGGAGCAGGCCAGCGCUAUGAAGGCAUCACCUCAGGGCUGCAGAUGCGUGAGGAAUUGGAGGAAGCUGGCCUGGGGAAAGAGCAGGUGGAUCUCCUGCAUGAAUUGUACGUGAAGGCAAGGGCAGAGGAGCAGAAGAAGGAGGAACCUCCUGCACCAGCCCUGGCUGAGGAAGAUGGGGCUUCCGAGCACCAGCUGCAGAACGUUGCAUCCAGCCAGGCAAAGAAGAAGGGGGCUGGGUUUGCGCUGGGGCAAACUUCACGGCUGCUGACGAUCCUGAACCUGAUGUACUCGAGUAAUGUCAGCGACUACCGCCUGGCUCUCCAGCGCUGGUACCGGUCCAGUCAACCACGCCGCAGGGGCCGCAGGCGUGAGGAUGAUGAGGAAGAUGAGGUGGCGGGGUGGGCGUUACAGUUCUGCCUUUGGUGCCUCAACCCGGCCGUUGCCUUUCACAGCAUCGCCGCAGCAGCCCGCUCCAUCAUACUCACCUCCGGCACUCUCUCUCCGCUGGACUCUUUUGCCUCAGAGCUGGAUACCUCCUUCCCUGUACGCUUUGAAGCGCCACACGUCAUCAACGCUCGCCUGCAGGUGUGGGCAGGCUCCAUCUGUGCAGGCCCAGACGACGUGAAGAUAGCCGCGACAUAUGAGCACAGCCUCAAGCCAGAUUUCCAGGACAGCGUUGGCGCCAGCAUUGCGGCCAUUGCUGGCAUCGUGCCAGAUGGGCUUCUGGUCUUUCUUCCCUCCUAUGUCAUGCUGGAUCGCCUGAUGGAGCGCUGGAAGGUGACGGGGGUCUGGGCGCAGCUGCAGCAGACCAAGGCCAUCGUGUGCGAGCCGCGCGGCACCGGCGACGCGUUUGAUGCCGUCAUGUCUGAUUUCUACACCGCCAUCCGCGAGGGCCGCGGCGCCAUUUUCUUCGCCAUUUGCCGCGGCAAGGUGUCUGAGGGGCUGGACUUCACGGACAAGAACGCGCGCGCGGUGAUAGUGGUGGGCAUCCCCUUCCCCAACGUCAAGGACACCAAGGUCAACCUCAAGAAGAAGUACAACGACGCCGGGCAGCGCGACCGCUCGCGCAGCCUGCUCACCGGCGACCAGUGGUACAGCCAGCAGGCCUUCAGGGCGCUGAAUCAGGCGGUGGGGCGCUGCAUCCGCCACAAGCUGGACUACGGGGCCAUUGUCCUGCUCGACCGCCGCUUCAGCAACACAGCCAACCAGCGCCACCUGUCACGCUGGGUGCGGACAUCUAUCAAUGUGCACGAGUCGUUUGCCCCGGCGCUGGAGUCGAUGAAGGAGUUCUUUGCGCGACUGGAGGCGAACCCUCCUGGCAAUGUGCUCCCCAAGGAGCCUGAGUACCCAGCAGCCAAGGACGCUCGCACAGGAGCUGCCGGCCAAAAUGAGAAGACCCAGCUGAAAGAGGCAGAUGCAAAGAGCAGCCAAUUUGCGAGCCACUCGCAGCCGACCCUUAACGCGGUCUGGAAGCAUGUGCCCAGCCGCCUGCGCCAGCUGCCCGGCCGGCCCUGCCCGCCUGCCCAGCGGGUACCUGCGCUGAAGAUGGAGCCGCUACCGCCCAAUCACUGUGAUGCGGAGCCUGCCCCUGCCGCUCUUGAGCCUGCAGAGGCGCAGCUGCCGCCAACACAGACAAGGGGCAGGGGGGUGGAGGCCGUCUUUGGGAGCGCUCUGGACCCCACAUCACCAGCCUCCGAAGCAUCAACGCUCCCUCCAGGCUCUGGAGAGACACACCCCGAGCCUCGCCUCAACAGCCAUGCAGAAGCCUCGACCUCUGCCAUGUUCAGCGGUGGAACGCGAAGGGGAGACGGCCAGAGCAGCGCAGGACCGCGUGACGCGUGGCAGAGCGGCCAGCAGGGGAGUUACAGGGACUUUGCGCAGCGUGAGGCUCCCAUACAUAGAAGCACGGUUGAGGCUGCCUCCCCCGCGAGGUCCACCCUGCAGCCCACCCCAGGGCAGGCGCCAACUUUGGCGCAGGACACCCUGUCCCCUCAGCGGCCCUGGCAGCAGGCGCCUGCCAACGCAGCCCAGCACCUCAUGAGCCGCUCCGGCCUCCACCGGGGCCGCGGCCGCGGCGGCGCUCCAGGGCUCCUGCAGAGCCCGGGUGGUCCCUCACCCUCACAGUGGGGGGCCCCAAAUCCUGCCUCCUUCACGGAGCAGCAGCAGCAGAGAUGGGGUGCAGAAGACAGCCCAGGGCAUUUGCAUGCAGCCUCGUCCAACCAGAGUGGUGGGUUGCAGCACGGCAAUCAGCCGAGCUGGCCGCAGCAGAGCGGCUCCGGAGCGCAGGAGAGUCCCAGGGAGUCCGCCAGGGACACCAACACCCAGGACUGGGUGAACCGAUGUGGGGCGCCGCCAGCAUGGCAGCAGCCGGGCCACGUGUCACAUGACAGCCCAGGAGGGUCCUGCACACUUGCCGGGGGGGACCAACAGGUGGGCACGCCAGCAUGGCAGCAGCCGGGCCACGUUUCACAUGACAGCCCAGGAGGGUCACAGACUGCAGUCAGGAGUGGCCAACAGGCGGGGACACCAGCAUGGCAGCAGCAGCAGCAGCAGGUGCUGCAGGGGGGUGGUGCGCAUGGGGGCCCGGGGGGGAAUUCUGGGAGGACUCCGGGGGGACUUGUCAGUGCCAGCUGGCAGGCGCAGCGGCUGCCGGGGCAGCUGCAUUGCCCAGAGACGCCCCCAAGUGUCAGCGGCCGAGACCAUGCUUCCUGGCAGCCUGCAGCCUUCUCUGCUCGCAUCACUCACCCUCCCCAUUCUCUGGCAGCAGCGGCAACUCAUGCCAGUGCAGCUCCUACCUCUCCUCCACCACUGCAGCAGGAGGCAGCUGUGAGGGAGAUGCAGGCAGCCUGGACGGAUGGGGAGUGCCAGUGGGUUAAUGGGCAAGAAGAGGCAUCGGCGCUUGUCGAGUUGCUGCCUGUGAGCGUCGUGCAGGAGUGGCUGCGGGCUGAUGUGGCAGAGAACGUUGCUUACCUCCUCAACGAGCCGGGUGUCAUGCACAAUGACAUGGCUGAAGUAGAAGAGAAGGCACACGAGGCGAUCCAGUUCUGCUUUGACUACGCCAGGGAACUUCUGGAGGAGGGAGGAGAGCUGGAACAGCUGCUCAACAGCUGGGCUUGUCCCCCGCCGAUGGGCAUGCAGGCCAUUGCUGCCGCCUGCGGCUGCGGCGCAGAGCCGCCGCCUCUGCCGGGAAUGGUUGCUGCCGCGUCAGCCGCCCUGCUGGCGCAUCUGCAGUCCCUGCCUUCCCUCCAGGCCGUCCAGGAGAUGCAAGCAGUGUAUGCUGAGGCGGGAGAGCUGUCAUUCGUUAGCAGCACGCCAGUGCGAACCCAGCAGUACGCUUCAGCACCACAGCCAGAUGCAGCCGCCUGGCCGCAGUCCCUUCCCAACAGAGCAUCUGUAGGGAGCGCGAGCAGUGAUUCUGCAGUCGAUGGCUCCGGAAUCUUCACCCCGCCUCAUGUAAGAUCUGGCAUGCUCCAGCCCCCCAGCGGCGCAGAGCCUCACAGUGAAGGCGGCGGCUAUGGCAGUCCUGCUGUCCCUGUGCGAGACUCAGAGGCUGCUGCGGAGCCAGUGCCAUGGAGAAGCCCCUUGCCCCAGUCAGAUGCUCCCCUGCGUGCUCCCCUGUCCCCGACUGCAGCCAACCGUGGGCGUGAGCCGAGCUUUGCUGGAGAAGCAAAGCUCCUCCAGGCGGGUGCAGAGGGAAGGACAGGUCCAAAGUCCCAUGCUGCACCGCUCGGCAGAGAUGACAGCGGCAGCGGCGGGAGGUCGGGGCAGAAGCGGGGGAGUGACGGGGGUAAUAAGGGGGGGAGCGGAGGGAACCCGGCGCCAGAUCAGGACGCAGCAGGCCACGAGCGCAAGCGCUGCGCGCUGUCGAGGAAUCAGGCGGAGGCGCUGGCGCGCCGUGGCGGUCAGGCGGCCGGGCCGAGGCUUGCGGCGUGGACGCAGAAUUCGGAUGACACGGAUGAUUUCAUGAUGUGA